UGUGGUUCAGCUUAAAAGCCUAAAAGUCGAUCUUUUAGGUGUGUUUUAACCUUACCCGGUUGAAUCACGUGCAAAUCUCUUUUUAAACCUUUAUAUCUCGUUUUAAAAUUUUGUUUUUAAACGUGCCCGAUUAUAUGAAAUCAUAAAAAAGUGAAGCAAUUUAAAAUAUGUGUGUUUAAAAGUAUAUGGGAUAUUGGUUAUGGAUAAUCAUGGUGAUUAUCUUUUGGAUUGUCUUGUGGAAAACGAGCUCUGUGGCACGAUAUUAUUUCAAAUUUUCAAUUUUUGCACUUGCAAGUGUUGUGUUUGCGACGACCCCAAUACCUUUUAUGCUACUCAAACCGAAAGAUAGCAAAAAUGCUUUAAUUCCAGCAGCUGGACUUAGAUUAGCUGCUAAAUUGAUGGGUGUGAAAUGUAUCGUUCAUGGUAAAGAAAAUAUUGUAAAAGAUAGUGGAUGCGUUGUUGUUAUAAAUCACCAAAGCGUUAUCGAUUUAAUAGUUUUAGCAGAAUUAUGGCCUAUAAUGGACCGUUGUACCGUAAUCUCAAAAAAAGAAAUUUUCUACAUUUGGCCCUUUGGUUUAGCUGCGUGGCUUUGGGGCACCAUAUUCAUCGAUCGUUUAAAUGCCGGUAAAGCACAAAACGCGAUAAAUAGUACGGGUAAAUUGAUCCGCGAGCGAAAAUCGCGCGUUCUCAUGUUUCCGGAAGGCACGCGGAGCUUAAAGGACAAAUUAUUGCCAUUUAAAAAAGGUGCCUUCCAUCUCGCCAUAGCGUCCCAGUGCCCCGUUCAACCCGUCGUCGUUAAUCGGUACACGUUCUUGGGAAACGCGCGUUUCGAUGACGGCGAAAUUCACAUUACGAUACUACCUCAAAUCGAAACCGUUGCGUUUCAUAAGCAAAACAUCAGAGAAUUGAUCGAUCAUACAUACAAUGUUAUGUCUAGUUAUUUGGAAAAUUUAGAUAGAAAUCCAAAUAAUAAUAUCGAUAAGGUUUGUGAAAAAAUGAAUUGAAAGUGAUUCUUUUUUCAGUUUGUUAUUUAUGUACGUAAUUUAAAAACUGUUAAUAAAAGUAUUUUUAACUAGUAAA